UAUUUUUUAUUUUUAGCCAGACUCUGAGACAGGAGGAGAGAAAGAGAGACAGAGAGAGAGAGGGAUGGAGUCACCGUUCAAGGCGGAGAUACUGAAAGGGAAGGUGGCUUUAAUAACUGGAGGUGGCUCGGGAAUUGGGUUCGAGAUUUCAGCGCAGUUUGGUAAACAUGGAGCUUCAAUUGCCAUCAUGGGUCGACGCAAGCAAGUCCUCGACUCUGCUGUCUCUGCUCUCCGUUCUCUUGGAAUUCCGGCUGUUGGCUUUGAGGGGGAUGUUCGCAAGCAGGAAGAUGCCAAAAGAGUUGUGGACUCAACCUUCAAUCACUUUGGCAGGCUUGACAUUCUUGUGAAUGGCGCAGCUGGAAAUUUUCUUGUGUCAGCAGAGGAUUUGUCACCUAAUGGAUUUAGAACAGUUAUGGAUAUUGAUUCUGUUGGUACAUUUACAAUGUGCCAUGAAGCACUUAAGUAUCUCAAGAAAGGCGGGCCAGGAAGGGGCUCAUCUGGUGGUGGAACAAUUUUGAGCCUUAGCGCUACUUUGCAUUACUCGGCAUCUUGGUAUCAAAUCCAUGUAUCUGCAGCAAAGGCUGCUGUGGAUGCCACUACAAGAAACUUGGCACUGGAGUGGGGGACUGACUAUGAUAUUAGAGUCAAUGGGAUUGCACCAGGUCCCAUUGGUGAUACUCCUGGCAUGAGUAAACUUGUUCCUGAUGAGAUAAAUAGCAAAGCAAGAGAGUACAUGCCUUUGUAUAAACUAGGGGAGAAAUGGGAUAUCGCUAUGACCGCUCUCUACCUUGUUUCAGAUGCAGGUAAAUACAUCAAUGGAAGCACCAUUCCUGUUGAUGGAGGACUUUGGCUAAGCCGGCCUCGCCAUCUACCAAAGGAGGCAGUAAAGCAGCUUUCACGUGCAGUAGAAAAGAGGUCUAGAGAGAAACCAGUAGGAGUUCCAACCAGCAAGCUGUGAGCCCACAGGAUGGAUAAGAAUAUGGUCAUUUGUAGGUUUAUUGUUGCUCUACUUGGCAAAAUUACAAUAAUCUACACUCGAUCAUUUCAAGAGACCACUAGAUGCCCUAUACAAUAUUGAAAUAUUCUCAUCUUGUGUAAUUCAGUCUGUAGUAUGAUAAUAGUUAUUUGCAACUUCUUUGAAAUCCUAUAUGACAAAUAAUUCAGUUGCUUGGCAAAAAGCCAGUGCCUGCGGCGGAGGGUUGUGAUUACCGUGGCGCCAAAUGUCAGUGGACUUGAAUCAGUUAAGAGUCAUUAAUGCUUAAAUUAGCCUGGACAAAUGGGCAAUUUAUAUGUAUU